CAAGAAAAUAUAAGAAAUCACAGACGUUAAUGUUGCUAUUCUGCUUGCAUUCAUGCGCUUAGUGUUGUUCAGCCACCAUGAGAUGAAAUCAUUAAAAUGUUGGAAGACAAUAUAGGCUAUUCUUAAAAAGAAAAACAAUGCCGCCAAAUAAUCACCCGGAUUUUUGAUAGGGCUAUAUUCUCUUAUCAGCUUUAGGCCUACAUUUGGGUAGCUAGUAUGUUGUAAACCUGUUACUGUUUUCCUUAUGUCAGAGCAUAUGUAUAUUUGCUUUAUUUAGUGUAUACUUAUUAAAAGUCUUACUUUAAAUAUAUGGGAUGCGUGUUUAUUAGGCUAUGUAAAUAGGCGUAAGAAAUAUAAACGUAGUCAAACGCUUUUGGAAAUACGUUUCGAAAGCACUGGGAUAGUGUUCCCAAUUGUUUUUAGAUAUCUGAUUUCCAUCGGUUGUUACAGAGAGAGAGAGAGAGCGAGAGAGAGAACGAGAUCAUUUGGAGACGUUGGUGCAGUGUGCACCGUUCACUUGGUUUUGGGGAGUGAAUCAAACAGCCAUGGUGAUAAAAGUCUUUAUAGCAUCAUCCUCUGGAUCGACAGCGAUUAAGAAGCAGCAGCAAGACAUCAUGGGUUUCCUUACUGUCAACAAGAUUGACUUUGAGGAGUGUGACAUCGUCACUAGUGAAGACAACAGGAAGUGGAUGAGGGAGAACGUACCUGAAGACUUCAGACCAAUGACGGGUGUCCCCCUGCCUCCACAGAUAUUUAAUGAAGAACAAUACUGUGGGAACUAUGAAGCCUUCUUUGAUGCCCGUGAGGAGCACGCAGUGUAUGCCUUUUUGGGCCUAACAGCCCCUCUAGGCUCCAAGGUAAAGACAAUGGUCUUAUGGACAUACUCAGUCUGUCAAAACCACAGGAAGCAGAGGCCUUGGCCAGACAGGAGCAACAGUAGCCAUAUGGUUUUGGUUAGCGGACCACAGUGCCCUCUUCUGGCGUCUUCCAGUCAGCUCUACAGCAGCCUGCCAGUGCUCGUCUGGAACACGUCUUCUCAGACCAAUCAUAGAGCUUUAUUUUGUUGUAAAAUGUAACCAGUCUGGUAUCAAAUUGACCAACGGAGCAAGGCCAAAUGUUGUGUUGUAUGACAAUGUAUUUAAUGUGAUAACCUUGUAAUGUUUCAAUAGUUCAAGCCAAUGAUGGGCAGUAUCCAGUGUUCAAUAUGAUUUUGAAAUCAAGGCAGAAUGAGUUCCCAAAUACUAGGCAUUUAGUAGAUCAUAUAGACAUGCUUUACACAUUUGAGAAUAUUUAAUUCAAUGAGAUAUUUUUCAACUUUGAUAAUAAAAUAGUGUUACUUCA